AUGGGGCGAGUCCGGGGAGGCCGCUCGGGUGGGCGACCCCGGGACCAGGCAGGAGACCGGAGAGGCCGCUCGGGGGGGCGACCCCGGGACCAGGAGGGGGAAAAGGAAGAAGAAGUUGAGAAAGAUGCUGCUGAGAACAAGGACAAACUGAAGAUUGAAGAUGUGGGCUCUGAUGAGGAUGAGGAUACAAAGGAAAGCACGAACAAGAGGAAGAAGAAGGUCAAGGAAAAGCGCAUUGAUGCUCAGGAGCUGAACAAGACCAAGCCUAUCUGGACCCGCAACCCAGAUGACAUCACCAAUGAAGAGUAUGGUGAGUUCUACAAGAGUCUCACCAAUGACUGGGAGGACCAUCUGGCUGUCAAGCAUUUCUCUGUGGAAGGUCAGCUGGAGUUUCGUGCCCUGCUCUUUGUGCCAAGAAGAGCGGCAUUUGACCUCUUUGAAAACAAAAAAAAGCGAAACAACAUCAAGCUGUAUGUGCGCAGGGUUUUCAUCAUGGACAACUGUGAGGAGCUGAUUCCAGAGUACCUCAACUUCAUCAAAGGCGUGGUGGACUCUGAGGAUCUGCCUCUGAACAUCUCCAGAGAGAUGCUGCAGCAGAGCAAGAUCCUGAAGGUCAUUCGCAAGAACCUGGUCAAGAAGUGUCUGGAACUGUUCACUGAGCUGUCUGAGGACAAGGACAACUACAAGAAAUUCUACGAGCAGUUCUCAAAGAAUAUUAAACUUGGCAUCCAUGAAGACUCCCAGAACAGGAAGAAGCUGUCUGAGCUGCUGCGCUACUACACAUCAGCCUCUGGAGAUGAGAUGGUGUCUCUGAAGGACUAUGUUUCUCGAAUGAAGGAUAACCAGAAACACAUCUACUACAUCACAGGUGAGACCAAAGAGCAAGUAGCUAAUUCUGCUUUUGUGGAACGCCUUCGCAAAGCCGGCCUGGAGGUUGUUUACAUGAUUGAGCCUAUUGAUGAGUACUGUGUCCAGCAGCUGAAGGAAUAUGAUGGCAAGAACCUGCUUUCAGUGACAAAAGAAGGCCUGGAGCUUCCUGAGGAUGAAGAAGAGAAGAAGAAGCAGGAGGACCUCAAAAAUAAAUUUGAGAAUCUUUGCAAGAUCAUGAAGGACAUCCUUGACAAAAAGAUUGAAAAGGUUGUAGUCUCCAACCGCCUAGUGGCUUCACCCUGCUGCAUUGUCACCAGCACUUAUGGCUGGACAGCCAACAUGGAGAGGAUUAUGAAGUCUCAAGCACUAAGAGAUAACUCCACCAUGGGCUACAUGACAGCUAAGAAGCACCUUGAGAUCAACCCUGUACAUCCAAUCAUUGAGUCCUUGAGGGAAAAGGCAGAAGCUGACAAGAACGAUAAGGCUGUGAAAGACCUGGUCAUCCUCCUGUUUGAGACUGCCCUGCUGUCCUCAGGAUUUACACUGGAGGACCCACAGACACACGCCAACCGCAUCUAUAGAAUGAUCAAGCUGGGUCUUGGCAUUGACGAUGAUGAUUCUGCAAUUGAAGACCUCAUUCAGCCUGUUGAUGAAGACAUGCCCAUCUUGGAAGGAGAAGAUGACACAUCAAGAAUGGAGGAAGUUGACUAAAACAUUUGGUGAACUCUUCUCUGCUUUCUUAAUUAUUUUUGUAAGAUACAUUGCUUCUUUAAAUCAAUGUUUAAUUGAAACAUAACUCCACUUUCUUAAAUAGUGUUAGUUUUUUUAUGUAUUUAAUGU